CCUUUUCUCCGUGCCCCUCCCAUACCCAUUUCGCCACGAUCCCGACAAGCCCAGCGGCUAGGAGAGUCACGUGAGGGUGGGCGGGGGAGGUGGAAGCUUGUCUCUGCUGCCUCUUCGUUUCUAUGGUAGUCAGAAGUGGGCGGCUUUGACCUAGGAGCUGGUGGAGCUGGAACGUGGACGGGAUGUUUCGUCUUAACUCACUUUCUGCAUUGGCAGAACUAGCUGUGGGCUUUCGAUGGUACCAUGGAGGAUCACAUCCCACCCAGAUCAGGCGAAGACUAAUGAUGGUGGCUUUCCUAGGAGCAUCUGCAGUCACUGCAAGUACUGGUCUUUUGUGGAAGAGGGCCCAAGCAGAAUCUCCACCAUGUGUAAACAAUCUAAAGACUGAAAUUGGCGAUAAAGGGAAGAAUAAAGAUGAAGGGGAAGUUUAUAACCAGGAAAAAAAGGCUGCAGAUCUUGAGCCUCCUCCAGAAGAGAAAAAGAAGAAACGUUCUGGAUUCAGAGACAGAAAAGUGAUGGAAUAUGAGAACAGGAUUCGAGCCUACUCCACACCAGACAAAAUCUUCCGAUAUUUUGCCACCUUGAAAAUAAUCAAUGAGCCUGGCGAAGCAGAAGUGUUUAUGACUCCACAGGAUUUUGUGCGAUCCAUAACACCCAAUGAAAAACAACCAGAACACUUGGGUCUAGAUCAAUAUAUAAUAAAACGUUUUGAUGGAAAGAAAAUUUCCCAGGAACGAGAAAAAUUUGCUGAUGAAGGCAGUAUAUUUUAUACCCUUGGAGAAUGUGGACUCAUAUCCUUUUCAGACUACAUUUUCCUUACAACUGUUCUUUCCACUCCUCAGAGAAAUUUUGAAAUUGCCUUCAAGAUGUUUGACUUGAAUGGAGAUGGAGAAGUAGACAUGGAGGAGUUUGAACAGGUUCAGAGCAUCAUUCGUUCCCAAACCAGUAUGGGUAUGCGUCACAGAGAUCGUCCUACUACUGGGAACACCCUCAAGUCCGGCUUGUGUUCAGCCCUCACAACCUACUUUUUUGGAGCUGAUCUCAAGGGGAAGCUGACAAUCAAAAACUUCCUUGAAUUUCAGCGUAAACUUCAGCAUGAUGUUCUGAAGCUAGAGUUUGAACGCCAUGACCCUGUGGAUGGGAGAAUUACUGAGAGGCAGUUCGGUGGCAUGCUGCUGGCCUACAGUGGGGUGCAAUCCAAGAAGUUGACCGCCAUGCAGAAGCAGCUCAAGAAGCACUUCAAAGAAGGAAAGGGUCUGACGUUUCAGGAGGUGGAGAACUUCUUCACCUUCCUAAAGAAUAUUAAUGAUGUAGACACUGCACUGAGUUUUUACCAUAUGGCUGGAGCAUCUCUUGAUAAAGUGACCAUGCAGCAGGUGGCCAGGACAGUGGCUAAAGUGGAGCUCUCAGACCAUGUGUGUGACGUGGUGUUCGCGCUCUUUGACUGUGACGGCAAUGGGGAGCUGAGCAAUAAGGAAUUUGUUUCCAUCAUGAAGCAACGGCUGAUGAGAGGCCUGGAGAAGCCCAAAGACAUGGGCUUCACCCGCCUCAUGCAGGCCAUGUGGAAAUGUGCACAGGAAACUGCCUGGGACUUCGCUUUGCCCAAAUAGUAACCCAAAACUGCAGGAGGGGGUCACCUCUUCACCCCAAGCACGCUGGACCCCCUUGAGCAAAGCCUCGGCGUGGCCCUCCAUGCUGCUACUUCUGGAAGUAGUUUUCCCCUCCUCCUGGGAAUGACCUCAGGAUUCUACCAGUUUCCCCUCUUUCCCCUUCCCCUGUCCCAGUGUUCUGCCAGGCUCUGAUUCUGCCCAGUGAUUAUCCCCACAGGUUCUCAACAGCUUGAACAAGUCUUAAAAGCUCAGACAUUUGGCAUCUUCAACAGCACUAUGCAUUCAAGCACCCUAUGGAUAAAGAAUGGGGGAACCAUCCACACACCUGCCAACCCUGGGAAACAUCCAGUUCUCGAAUCAUUUUUGCUGUGGAUUUAUAUUAACAAGAACAUUGCUUGCCUUUCCUCCUGCCGGUAUUUUUAAGCUACAAGUUGGAAAAAUUUCUGGCAGGCAAAAGGAAAUCUGUGAUGAACGAUAAUGAAGAUGACCCGGAUGCUCUGAGCUGGUGAGAAGCCUGGGCCAGAGGAAGGAUGCGUGUCAGUCACGGGGGCUGGCUCCGAGGCCUGCUCCAGGCUAGCCGCGUGCUCAGUAGGCCCAGAGCAAGGUUCAUAAUUUAACGUAGUUGCUUCAUGGCUCUCUCCACACCCUUCUUUUCCUCUCAGGCUCCCUAAGAUGGCUCCACCAUGACUCUGUGCUUAAUGAGCAACGGUGACCGAGUCCCUGUUCCCUGCCAGUGCCAUUCCCCUCCGGGAUGGGCCUCUGAAGCUGAGGCCUGGCUCAGAUCCCAUAAGCCCUCUGUGUCAAACAC